CGAUCCUCGCACGGCGGAGGGCGGGCGGGGCUCGGCGCGGCUCCGGGCCGCCUCCCGCUCGCCGCUCUCUUUCCUGCUGCCGCUGCCAGGAAGUUGGAGACGGGGUAGUCACUCUCCGCGCUGCUCCGGCCGGCGCUGGGUAGGGCUGGGGCGGCUUCCUCUGGACGUGGGAGACCCUGCCACGGGGAUGUAGCGGGCCGCGGAGCCAUGCGCGGCCCGGCGCUGCCCCGCAGCUCGCUGGGGACGGUUGUUCUAAUAUUUGUCUGUGUGUUGACAAAAGAAUCUGUAGAAAUUACUCCAGUGCCAUAUAGACUGCGAGUCCAUCGGGCAGCUUUGGAUGGAAGAGGCCCCUCUAACUCUUUGAGGAAAGAAAAAAAACAGAUGCAUUGUCACCUGGGACAAUACCUACACCCCAGGAAGACCCACUGCUGCAUGAGGUGUCAUGCAGGUACCUACAAGAAAAAAGAUUGUGAUGGGCCUGACCAGGCAACUGUCUGUCUUCCGUGUGCCAAUGGCACAUUCACAGCUGUUGAUAACACCAUGUCCAAAUGCUUCCAGUGCACACGCUGCCGUACAGAACUCCAGCAGAUAGUAGAGACCCCCUGCAGCCCACAGCAAGAUACUGUAUGUGGCUGUCAGAAGAAUCAGUAUCAGAUUGAUUCCGAGUCUGAAUUCUUCCAGUGUAGGAACUGCAGCUCAUGUGCCAAUGGGAUUAUUGCCAGCUGUUCAAAGAACAAAGAUACAAUUUGCAGGUGUAAGCCUCAGUUCUUCCUGUCACGUAGUAACAUUUGCAAGCCUUGCAACAGCUGCACUGGAGAGGACUGCUUGUGGUGUCCUAGCCCAGUUGUUACCUCACCGACUUCAUCUGGGCUGAAUGGAAACGUUGUACUUGGCACCCUUGUUGCAAUAUUUGGAGUUAUCUCCAUCCUCUUCAUUGCAUAUAAAGUAGGGAAGCUGGUCCAGAAGAAUAGGAUAGAGUCGUGUUUCUACUCCUGUGUUUCUUUGCCACAGACAACCGAGGAGCCUGUAUCAGAGGUUGAGGAAAAAAGAAAUGAAAUUUUCAGCCUUCUUCCUGAGUCCAAGAAGGAAACAGAAUUGCCAGUAAACACAGCCCUACCAUCUGCACCUCUGCCACAGAGUUCACAUGAGUUACCAGACUGUGUCAGAGCUGCCAGGAAGACACAGGUUCCAGACAACCCUGCUAUUCUGUACACUGUGGUGGAUCACGUGCCGCCGUCUCGCUGGAAGGAGUUUGUGCGGCGCCUGGGCCUGAGUGACUGGGACCUGGAGCGGAUUGAGCUGGAGCACCGGCGCUUGCGAGACGCCCAAUAUGAAAUGCUCAGACUCUGGAAGCUGCAGAUGGGCCGUGCUGCCACUGUGGAGCACAUCACCUGUGUUCUCAACCAGAUGGAGCUCAGUGGCUGCAGUGAGGCUGUUCAAGAAGCUUUGCUAAGCCAGAACUCUUCUCAGUCUUGCAGCCUCCACAGCCAUCUUUAAUCUAUUUCUGCUUUAGCUGCCUUUGACUAUUAAGAAGGGAUCGUAGCUCUCUUUCUUUCCCUGUAUCUCCCCAUCUUUGUAACACUCGUCAGCUGGUUUUGGUGGAGACAGCAGCAGAUUAUGCUGGAGGAAGGCUGAGGUUUGCUUCUUAACCACCAUGUAGUUCAACACCUUUAAGCCACGGCAGACCUCUGCAACACCUCCUUUCCCAAGGAGGGAAAGCACCUCAUAAAGGAAGUGGUGUGUGAACUCUGACCAAGAUGCAAAUAGGAGCUCUGAGUGACUUGAUCACAGAUCAGCUUCUAUGGACAAGUUGUUGCUGAAACAGGUGCUCCACACAUCGUGUGGUGGGUAAACUUAUAGGGUGCUUUAGUUUAGAUUAAGCUGACUGCUCAGAUGUUAAAGUACUCACUCACUUCUUGCAGAUCUAUUUUUCUGCGAGAUCAACCAGUUGAAGUGGCUCAUAUUGCAGCCUUUUGAUUGCUAAAUCUGACUCUGGGGAAGUGGUGGGAGGAUGUGCCUAUUUCUGGGAGCAGGAGAGGAUUGCCCCCUCUCGGUGUCAACUAGUACCAGCUAGUAGGUAUCUCCAUAGCAAGACUCCUGGAGAUUCAGUAACUGGUUCUCUCUCUCCAAGAAACAGGAUGUUAUCCUUUCCACACCAUGUCCCUCAGUUCCCACAGGAGUAAGGAUUCCAAGUCAGUGAGUCAGAUGAGAGGAUUGGUGCUUUUUUUCUCAAGUUUUUUUUUCUGUAUCUAGAAACCAUGUAAGUUAGCAUUAACAAAACACCUGCCUGUGUGUUUGUCCAAGUGCUGCAGGGUGGCAAGGAGUGUGUGCAUCUGCCUGAGUGAGGUGGUACCUGUGCAUGAGCAUGUCCUCUGCAAAUCUGUGUUUGCACACAGGUUGGUAGGCUUGUGUCUACCUGCUUAUCUACAUAUGGAUGAUCUGAUUAAUCUAACUGCAGAUGGGACUGUGUACGUGUCUCUGUAGAUACUUUAGCAGCUGUUGAAUAACUUUACACUACUUCCUGGACUGCAUUCUGUGAUUGCUGCUUGCCUGUGGGAGCCAUUGGGUAACAUCUCCAGGCUCUCCCCAUCACUUUCUCACUGGAGUUACCCUGGGUGGGCCAUAAGUAGCAAAAAUCAAUUAGCCUGCACCAGGUGCAGGCUGUCCACGUGUUUGUAACAUGGAUUUUUUCACUCUCUAAUCCCUUGACCAGACAGAAACUUUCUAUUGUAAAUACACUAAAUGGUCUGAAUUAAAGUGGAUAUUUUUA